ACGAUGGUGCCCUCAAAGUUUGCAGUGUUGUGUUUGGUAGCAUUGGUUGGCGUAUUAAUGCAAGAUGCAUCCAGCAAAAGCUUUGAUGAGAGAUAUAACAAUGCCGAAAGUCCUUCAGAUCUCGAACAAAUGGAAGACACGGAAGAACACCAGCUGACCGGAAGUAAGCGAGAUGACAAAUUGAAAGCAAAUCUGGCAUUAAUUGAGCGAGCAGCAAAAAACACGGGUUUAUCAAAAGAUGAAAUAGAAGAGAUAGAAAAACGAGGAUGGCGAAGAAGGAGCAGACGAGGAAGGAGAAAUCGAAGAAGACGUGCAAGAAGAAGUCGUUCGAGAAGGCGCUCCAGAAGAAGGCGUUCCAGAGGAAGAAGCUCUAGAGGAAGACGUAGGUCUGGUCGACAAGGUUCCAGGAGAAGGGGAUCAGGGCGUAACGGUGGAGGAGGUGGUGGAUUUGGAUCUCAUAUUCAAGCUAUUUCAGGAGGACUUGAUGCAAUAAAUUCUGGAUUAGAUCUUGCACACAAAUUGACCCCUGACAAUAACCCUGACAAUGCUGACCAGGGGAUGAAUGGAGAAGAGAUGAACGGAGAAGAAGAUACCUUCUAGUUUAUAAAAUCACACUGAACUCAUAAUAAAUAAA